UACAUCCUUAGUUACAUGCUCCUACGUUUUACCCUCCACUUAGCCACAGGUUUCAUCAGGAAGAUGUCUUGCAAGGGAUUUCUUGGAUUUGGACAGCAGUUGUUUCGUCGGAAAGUGGUAGACUGCACAAGAGAAGAAAGCCGGCUCUCACGUUGCCUCAACACAUUUGACUUGGUGGCUCUUGGUGUAGGCAGUACACUUGGGGCAGGAGUUUACGUCCUUGCUGGGGCAGUGGCUCGAGAAAAUUCAGGACCUGCGAUUGUCAUCUCUUUUCUGAUUGCUGCCCUUGCCUCUGUGCUGGCUGGACUUUGCUAUGGAGAAUUUGGUGCUAGAGUUCCAAAGACUGGAUCAGCUUAUCUCUAUAGUUAUGUAACUGUUGGUGAGCUGUGGGCAUUCAUCACUGGCUGGAAUCUAAUUCUCUCCUAUGUCAUUGGAACUUCAAGUGUGGCUAGAGCGUGGAGUGCGACAUUCGAUGAGCUUAUUGGCAGGCACAUUGAGAAAUUCUUUCAGCAGUACAUGUCUAUGAAUGCUCCUGGUGUGCUGGCAAAAUAUCCAGAUGUCUUUUCUGUUGUCAUUAUCCUAAUCUUGACAGGUCUUCUAACGUUUGGUGUGAAAGAAUCCGCAAUAGUUAACAAAGUGUUCACCUGCAUCAAUGUUCUUGUCUUGGGCUUUGUGAUGGUGUCAGGUUUUGUGAAGGGAUCUAUAAAAAACUGGCAGGUUCCAGAAAACAUCUCACUUCAGUGCAAUGGCACACAAGAGCAGUAUGGUGUUGGUGGAUUUAUGCCCUUUGGCUUUUCUGGAGUCCUCUCAGGAGCAGCAACAUGCUUUUAUGCAUUUGUAGGAUUUGACUGCAUUGCCACCACAGGUGAGGAAGUGAAAAACCCACAGAAAGCCAUUCCAAUAGGGAUUGUGGCAUCGCUUCUGAUCUGCUUUGUUGCAUACUUUGGCGUGUCUGCUGCUCUUACCCUUAUGAUGCCUUACUACCUGCUGGACAAAAACAGCCCAUUGCCAGUUGCUUUUAAGCAUGUGGGAUGGGAAGGUGCAAACUAUGCAGUGGCUGUUGGCUCACUUUGCGCCCUUUCUACAAGCCUACUUGGAUCCAUGUUUCCAAUGCCUCGAGUUAUUUAUGCUAUGGCAGAAGAUGGGCUACUGUUCAAAUUUUUGGCUCGUGUUAAUGAGAGGACAAAGACUCCAAUGAUAGCAACAAUAACAUCAGGUGCUGUUGCAGCUGUUAUGGCUUUUCUCUUGGACCUCAAGGAUCUUGUGGAUCUAAUGUCUAUUGGAACACUCCUGGCUUACUCCUUGGUGGCUGCCUGUGUGUUGGUACUGAGGUAUCAGCCUGAACAGCCUAACUUGGCAUACCAGAUGGCUAGUACAAAUGAUGAGGUAGAUAACAAUGAGUCAGUGAGUACCAGUGAAUCUCAGACUGGAUUUCUACCGGAGGAAGAGGAGAAAUACUCUCUAAAGGCUGUUGUCUUCCCCCAAAAUACUGAUCCUUCCAAACUCUCUGGGUUUAUAGUGAAUGUUUCUUCCUGUGUUAUAGGUUUUCUUAUCGUUACCUUCUGUAGCUUGACUGUCCUUGGCAAAGACGCUCUGAUAAGUGGCAGCACGUGGGCUAUUACUCUCCUUGUUAUAGUUUUCCUCCUUUGCUUCAUUUGCACAGUGGUUAUUUGGAGACAACCUGAAAGCAAAACCAAGCUCUCAUUUAAGGUCCCUUUUCUUCCUGUCCUUCCAAUACUGAGCAUCUUUGUGAAUAUGUAUCUCAUGAUGCAGCUAGAUGGUGGCACUUGGAUACGCUUUGCCAUCUGGAUGUUAAUAGGUAUGUUUAUUUAUUUUUCCUAUGGCAUAUGGCAUAGUGUGGAGGCAUCUUACUCAGCACCAACAGAUGCAGAACGAAGUACAGACAACAACAUGGAUAAUUGUAAAUGAUGGAAUGUCUUGUUAUGCUGACAGACAGUUGAGCUUCCACUGCAGUGAAGGGCACUUUUCUGUCUUGGACCCUGAAAUAUUUUAUUUUGUGGAACAUCAGAUGGAGCUCCCAUGUCCCACCAUUGACUUUUGCAGUGUUCUUUUACCUCGGUGGGGCAGUUCCAAGGGAUCACAAGGAAACAGACAUCCCUCUGGCAUACUCCUAACAAUACUGUUACCUGAUUCUGGCAGCUUCUACUUCCCCCUGCCCCAUCCCUUAUCAUAAGUGUGUGUGUGGGGGGGAAAAAACCAGUUUUUCUAUAUGUCAGUUCAUUUCCAGUGCUGCUAUGAGGCCAGGUCUUUCAGAGAGCCUGCAAAUUAACCUCCUGGGUACUGUACUUCGAAUUUAAAGGGAGCAAACUGAAUUGUCUGUCUGCAAAGUCACCCACAUUGCACCACCAAAAAUCAAGAUGUCCUUGUUGAUCUGAUUUUAAUGGAAGGUUGGGCAGUGUUGUUUAAUAAUUGUACUCUAUGUAUUUUUGUGCAGGAAACUCCUGUGCUUUGAAAUGCAAUGCUGCAGUUAUCUUCUGUAGGGUAAUUAGUGGCUUGCAAGGCUGAAUUCUUGCUCUUGUGGCACAAAUGGUUGGUUAGGCCAAUAACAGAUCCUGCUGCUUAUGCAAAAAGCUUCCAGCUUGUGGCAUAAUAGUCUGUAGAAAACAUGGUUCUUUUAUCAUCUCCUGUUCAGUAAAGUAUGUAUCAAGUUUGUAAACUGAAGAGCAAUUCCAGUAACUGCUUGGUUUGGUAAGCUGCUGCCAUGCCAUGCCAUAUGAAUUAAUACUAUCUUUUGAGGAAGGUUACUGAAGUUCCUUGAAGUGAGAGAAAGCAACUGUAUAUAAUCAUCCAGUCAGUCCAUUUGUAGAGGUAUGGUUUGAAUCCAGGUCUAUUGGAUCGAAUGCCAACACUGUGUGUUAAUGUUUUUAAAUAAUUUAUUUAAAGUUCAUAAUUUGAAGAGAAGGUUAUGCUGAUUUGUCUUUUCUGGCACAGAGUAGAAGCUUUAAUGUCCAGCUGAGGAUUUGGAACAAGUGUUUAUGAUUUGUGAAAUAAAUCUGUUGUGAAAUUGAAAGGAGUGAACAUUUUGCAGCCAAGCAUAAGAGUGUGUGCUAACUUAUCACGCACUCUGGAGAAGUUCAUGCUAAUAACAUUUGUGCAGCAGUUCUCUGCUGUCAGUAAAGUGCUGUUUCAUUUGGUAAAUGCCUGAGAGUCCAGCUUAGCCGUGCUGAAUUCCAAAUAGGAUUUUGUUCUGUUUGCAGACACUUCUAGUACAUGCACGUACUCACAUUGAAGUGUCGUGAUAUAAUAAGCAGCAGAAGCUGCUGAGAUAGCUGCUUGUAAUUCUAAAGCCAUUUGUUAACUCUAUGCACAGAUAGAGCCACCUCUUUAUUAAAAAAAUGUGGGUUUCAAAGGGAAGAUACCCCUAUGAGUUUAUACAGAUAUUUGCUGUAAAAAAUAAAAAGGUAAAUAUUAUA